AUGGCGGACAAAUUCAUUAAUUCAAUCAACCAAACAAGAAUGCCGCCUCGAUUGCCUACUCGUUCGGCCUGCGCGAAGUGCCUACUGCAGCGGCGUGGCCUAUCGUCGACGGCUUCCCUCCGCCAAAAACAAUCCGACCUCCCUCCACCUCCACCCGAAUCCGGGCAUGUCCGCCUCACCAAUCGCGCUCUCAUCUCCCUUACCGGCGUUGACAGCACCGCGUUCUUGCAAGGCCUGAUUAGUCAAAAUGUGGUAACGCCCAAAAACCGGGCGAGCCCCACGACGCCAUUCUACGCCGGAUUUCUCAAUGCGCAAGGACGGCUGCUGCAUGAUACGUUUAUCUACCCGACAUUUGCGCCGGAGGGGUCCAAUGGGGCUGAUACCGGGUCGGAGCUGGGAUAUUUGGUCGAACUGGAUAAAGCGCAGGUUUCGAAUCUGAUGAAGCAUUUCAAAAAGCACAAGCUGAGGUCGAAGUUGAAGUUACGAGCGUUGGAGGAGGGGGAGAAGGAUAUCUGGGCCGUGUGGGAUAAUACGGGGAAUUGGGAGGCGAAAGAUAGCGGAGAUGUGUUGAGGGAGGUUCUUACUUGUGUGGAUAAUCGUGUUCCGGACUUUGGGCACAGACUGCUCUUGGAUGAGGGCAGUUUGCAGAGUUCGUUGGAGCUGUUUCCCGGGCAAGAAGCUUCGCUGUCUACGUACCAUCUCCGUCGAAUUCUUCACGGCGUUCCGGAGGGACAAGACGAGUUGGUCCGUGAAUCUGCCUUGCCGAUGGAUAGUAAUAUGGAUAUCAUGGGCGGAAUUGAUUUCCACAAAGGCUGCUAUCUCGGCCAAGAGCUAACGAUCCGGACGCACCAUCGCGGCGUGGUUCGCAAACGAUACCCAAUUAUCAUCCCUACCUCCCGCGGGAGCGAAUAUAACGAAAUUCAGCGCGUCUGGGAAGGGAAGAAGUGCUGGCAAAUUCAUUUCCGGAAUCGGGAAUGUCGGGCUGGCCUUGUGUCGAUUGGAAGCUAUGACGGACAUUUCACUGACGGGAGAGUCGUCUCAAUAUAA